AUGGCCGAUCUUCAAUAUUGGGAUACAGUGUUAGUUGUAGUUUCUGUUGUGGGCCUUGCAGUUGUUAGUGUAUUCUUCGUUCUUCGCCUCCUCAGUCGCCAAUUAUCGCGACAAAGGCUCGAUAUCGGAGACGGUUUUAUGGGAAUCGGGUUAUUAUUCUGCUACGGAGUUGCAAUCUGUACUAUUAUUGCUGCAUUCAACGGGGUUGGGCAGGAUAUAUGGAGCUUAGAUGAGAAAACUCGCAGCCGUAGGAUACUACUCUUCUGGCUUACGCAGACGCUGUGGCCAUUUUCGCAAGCUUUCGUCAAGUUAUCCAUCAUUAUGCUGCUUCAGCAACUUUUCUGUGUUCAAAAGCGGUCGAUUCUAUUCUGGCCUUUUAUCGUCUUUACUGUGAGUUGGGCUGUUACAGCGAUAUUUGGUAAUAUCUUUCAAUGCUCUCCCCCACGAUACUUCUGGCUUCAAGCUACUGUUAAGGGAACAUGUAUGAGCGGCCAGAAAGCUUUCUACAUGGUCAUAGGCGCAUUAUCUCUCGCGGAAGAUGUUGCACUAUUGCUUCUACCGAUUUCCGUUGUUUGGAGCUUGAACAUGGGCAUUAAGCAAAAGGUCCAGGUUACUGCCCUAUUUUGCCUUGCUGGGUUAGCUUGUGUGUUUAGUCUUCUUCGUUUAGUUGAGUUCAACCGCUACUUGACAAGCACCGCCACGUCCAGUGGCUCCAAGGAAGCUCUCUGGACACUCCUCGAGCUUUAUAUGGUAAUUAUUUGCUCUUCCCUUACAUUAAUGCGACCGCUAUUUGGCUCCUUAUCCUCGACAUGGAUCCGGUGGCGAAAAAAAUGCAAACACCUGAGCUUUCCAUGUCAGUAG